GCUUUAUCUGACAACAAUAAUAGUUCAGAUUCAAACGCACUAGAUAAUGAACUGAAGCAAACAUACGAAUACUUGAAAGACAUUGAAGCCGAGCUUCUCGAGCAAAAAAAUGAAUUUAUCUCAUUACUCUCGAAGAAUCCCAUUGAAACAGUGUCACCGAACGUCAAGCCAGAAGAUAUUGAAGCAGAGCAACUAAAAUUCGUGAAAGCUCUAGUGAACGAAGAACAGGACUAUGAUGACCGAAUAAGACCUAUCAAAAAUUCAGUAGAUGUUUUUACGUCACUAGACUCUGCAUUGCUCCAAGAAAUUUCGGAUAUCCAGACAAUAUUGGAUCAGACUAAAGUUCAAUUUCUAGAUGUCAAAAAGAGUAUCAGCUCAUUGAUGAGCGAGAAAAAUAAUUUACAAAAAAUGAAAGAUAUGUGCUCAGAUGCUGUCGAGAAUGUUGAUGCUGAAACGACGGAUAUUGCGAUGUAUCACCGUAACGACAGGAAUAAAAUUCGUCUAGUAGACCUUAUUUAA